AUGAACAGCAACGAGGAGCAGCAGCGAGGUGCGCGGCACCAGUCACGCUCCUCUGGCGACGACGACAGCGAGAGGGAAAGCGGAGACUUUGGAAGCAAUGCGCAGCGCCAUGCGGGCCCACCCCUCCCUCUUGAGGCCCUCGGGUCUUUCCUUCGAGAUGUCGACGGCAGCAACUACAGUCAGCUGAAGCAGCUCACAGGCCGUACGUACAGCCUCACGCAGCAGAUGAGUCCAGACCCCGCGUCGGUGUCUAUCCGCUUUGUGCGCAUCCAAUCAGACCCGUUUGCCCCUGGCAGUCAGGUGUGCGUGACCGUGCAAACGCCGUUUUCUGCGUACGCCCUGCUGCACUCUGCGGACCCCACGCCGCCUGGGGUCGCUGCUGCACCCCUCAGCCAUCGUCUCUCACCGGAGGAUGUCGCGUGUCGCCGUGUCGCUGCCGAGGACUUCAUUCUGCGUUGCGUCAAAGAUGGGCUCGCGGCUAGCCGCCACACCAGUGGCGCAGUGCAGACGAUCCACCAAUCGCAACACGUACUCCCCCGUAGCACCGUGCAGGUGGUGGAUGCGAACGAAGCAGGUGGCAGUGAUGGCAUUUCGGUUGGCUGGAUUCAUGUGUACUUCCGUGUGAAGCUGCCCGGACAUGGCCGACGCAUCGAUGGUCGACGCAUUCAGCAAAUUCUGUUCUCAGAGGUGUUGCCAGUCUUCCAGGAGAACGUGCUGCGCUGCGACCACCGCGCACUGUGGGCGCACGUCACAUGCGUGCACGACCAGGAGUGGCUGCGCUCGCAGCUGCGAGAGCGCGGCCUCACGGCCUUCAUUGCCGAUGGUGCCGUACUGCCACGUGCGGCUGGCAACUCCGACAAACGGCUGAGCGGCCCCAACGUUGUCACCUUCUCGUCACCCGACACCUUACGGCACACGUUCCAUCUGCCGUACUCGGGCCGCUCUAUUAGCGGUGCUGGUCUGCCACACGGUCUUACUCUCAUUGCUGGCGGGGGGUUUCAUGGCAAGUCAACGCUCCUGCGUGCGCUGGAGCUUGGUGUGUACAACCACGUCCCUGACGAUGGCCGCACCUUUGUCGUGGUGGACCCGACAGCGGUCAAAAUUCGUGCUGAGGACCGCCGCGCGGUUCACGGGACCGACAUAUCGCCCUUCAUCACAAACCUUCCUUACGGCGACAACACGACUGCCUUCAUCACCGCCGACGCGAGUGGGAGCACCAGCCAGGCCGCCAACAUCAUGGAGGCCCUGGAGCUUGGCUCAACGGCGCUGUUGCUUGACGAGGACACGUCGGCGACGAACUUCAUGUUCCGCGACCCCCUCAUGGAGCAGCUCGUCCCGCGCACGCAGGAACCAAUCACUUGUUUUGUGCACCGCAUAUGCGACCUGAUUCAUCAUCACGGCAUCUCCGUGAUAAUGGUUGUGGGAGGGUCGGGGCAGUACUUCCCCAUGGCGGAUGUUGUUCUGGUGUUGAACGCCUACAAGGUAACAGACGCCACUGCGCGAGCCAAGGUGAUUGCAGCGCAAAACACCGGCGGGAGCGGCGCUGGAUUUGUGGAGUCGACAGCGCCGUCCGCAACGUCCGCCUUUUGCCUCCCUCCUCGGCGCAGCUUUCUGUACGCUGACACCUUUGGCCAACUUGGAUGGCAGAGCCAGCAGCAGCACCACCACCACCACGGCUACGGCGGAAGCGGGCGAGGCAUCAAAAUCAGCGGCUCCGGCAUUGAUCACAUACGCAUGGCCGAUGAGGACAUCAAUGUGACCCUUUUGGAGCAGCUGGUGGAAGAGGGGCAGCUGAAUGCCAUCGCGCAGUGCCUCGCGAUGCUCUACGAUAACGGCAGCGCGUCCGCAGCGCAGUGGCAACGGGAAGCAGCACCUCGUCCGAAGUACCCGCCAUCGCUGCUGAAGCCCCUGUGUGCUGAUGCCACCGCAGCUACCGGUGCGUCAGCGCCAACCCUCUCGGACUUUGCCCGCCUCGUGUACAAUUGUGAAGGACGAUUACGGCAGGCACGGCUGGAGCCGCAGACGUCAUCCUGCUACCUGCCAGCUGGAUUCACCGCCUUACCACGUGUCUUUGAAAUCGGAGCGGCGCUGAACCGUCUGCGCACCCUCGUCACCAGUUGUAAGUGA